AUGGGAUUCCUGCGAUCGGGGCAAAAAAAACAAAUCAUUCUGGAACGUCGGCCAGGUAAACCUGGAAAAACUUUUCUGGUGGUGGAAUAUAUCGUAGCACCAAGCGGGUUUGAUCCCAGGAUGCCAUUUGUGGAAGGUGCCGAAGUUGGACAAGUCAAAAUUCUAGUUAUAGCAUAUAGAGACAUUGCACCGCAUUUACAAGGGAAAGCUGUCACUCAACAUGGACAGAAGUUAAGGGCACCAGUAAUGAUUAAUGAUGAAAAAAUUGAACGUGAAAUUGAGGAAUUAUAUGGGAUAAAAGAUGCGCCACAAUCAAUGUUUAAAUUUGAUGAUAAAUCGUCAGAUAUUGAUGAGAAAGAUGAUGAAGAAAGAAAAGUGGAAGAUAAAAUAAAACGAUCGCAUGAAAAGAUUCAUUCAUCAAAAAAACUGACAAUAUCUUCUCAACCAACGAAAAAUGUGACAGUGGCGGAUGUUGAAUAUAAUGCUGAUGAUACUCGCAGCGCUGUUGGAGUUAUUGAUAGUAAUGAUAGUGGUGGUAGACUAGAGUUAAUUAGAAUAAUUAAAGACGAAGUAGAAAAGAUUUCUGAAGAAUUUGAAAUAAUGAAAUCUCUUAUCGCAGAACAGCAAAGAAAAGUAGAUGAUAAGUUAGAAAAAGCGCUAUCUGACUUGCCGUAUAUGAAAUUUGUCCUUAUUUUAAUAGUUACCCUAUUCGUCCUUCAUGUAUCGCUUCUUCGAAGUUAA